UGUACUAGUACUAGUACUCUGACUGGUCCGUGUGGUCGGGGCACUCCAUGCCACCCAAGCCCUACCAGACCACCAGAGACUUGCAAUCUUCCUCCCAGAGCUCAGCUCCCAGCUCCCAGCCCAACAGAUCACAAUUCGGUAUCUGCUUCGAUAUCUUCUAUUAUUUUGACCUUCAAGUGCCUGCUUCAUCAAAAAGUAGUGGUCCAACAAACAACAACGCUGUUGCACGAUGGUUCUUCGACGAAGCUUCACGGAUACCCCUUCCUACAACCGUCAAAACUCGAAAGAGGACUUGACCGGCGGUGGUUGCUCGACUGCUGAAGAGCCAGAGAAGCGGAAUUCCAACUCCAUCAUCAGUGAUAAGUGUGAAAACAUCGCCAAAGCUAUUGCUCAACCAGAAGAUUUCACCAUCUUAAUUCUGCGAGGAAUUGUUCUCCUCGUCUUGGCCAUUUCGACGGCCCUCGUGGCAUUCACGGUCUUUUCGGUGGCUCAAAGAUCUGAACGCGAGAGAUUCGAACAAUCCUCCCUUGACUCUUCGACCAGUCUCGUGGAGGCAGUGGAGCAAAGCCUGUCAACGGCACUAGGAGCCGUGGAUACCUUUGUUGUUGGCAUGGUCUCGUUUGCUCGCUACUCUCAGAUGCAGUGGCCCUUUGUAACCCUCCCAGAUGCCCCGUACCAAAUGGCCAAGCUACGAAGAUUCUCUAACGUGGCCUGCCUGAGUCAGUACAAUCUGAUAUCUCCUGAUCAGGUACGGCAAUGGCAGGAAUACACAAAGGAUAACAGUGCAUGGGUUCAAGAGGGACUGCGGUCGCAAGGGCAACAGCAGGGUGAAGACUUGCCACAACAUAGUCUGGAAGAGUCCAACAAUGGCACAAUUCCAUUUGGGGAGAAAAGGGUAUCAGGCGUCUUAAGUCGCGUGUUGAGGAAUUACAACGGCAGAUCUGAGAGCAACAGCAAUGAUUUGGAAAUGACUGAGCAGCAGCAUCAGUUGCUUUCCUGGCAAUCCUCGCCUGUGCGUUCGAGUGGAAAGACCUUCAACCGAGAUUUCUCAGCAUUGUACAGCAAUCCAACCAUUUGGAGUGAAACUGUGCAACAUGGCAGAGUUGUGUUUGCAGAGUUACAGAGUGUGCCUGAGGAGGCUGACGCCAACAAGUCUAAACCGGUUACCCAGUGUCAGGGGACAGCUAGUAAUGUCGUGAGUCCAAUGAGUGAUAUUAUCUACCCCAUCACCUCGGGGGCAGCUGAUCCCGCCCAUAAGGAUGGUGCCUCUUCGCCGGUCAUUGGGGUUAUCGUGGCGAGCAUCUCUUGGCAAGAUGUUCUCUCCAACGUCUUACCUUCCAAGAGUGGGGCAAUCAUUGUGCUCUCCAACGAUUGCGGCCAGACAGUAUCGUAUCAGGUCGAUGGACCACGAGCAACCUCCCUUGGACAUGGUGACCAACACGACCCAUCCUACAAUCAUCUCAAACGGGAAGUUAGCUUGCUGGACCUUGCCUCGGCAUCAACUCAACACUCUGGGAUCCCAAUGAGCGACAAGGGAUGUCCUUUGAGGAUGACAGUGUACCCAGCAAAGCAAUUCGAUAAAAAGUUCACCACAAACCAACCAAUAUUCUACGUGCUUCAAGUGCUGUCUCUCUUUGCAUUUGUUACUGGUCUCCUCUACGUGUACGAUGCUUGCGUUGAGCGACGACAAAGGCUCUUUACCAAAAAGGUUUGGGAAUCUUCGGUCAAUGUAUCUCUGCUCGAGAAACUCGUAGAGGAACGAACCGAAACCUUGCGAGAAACCAACACACGGCUGGAGCUCGCUAAUCGCAAACUGGCAGCGACGUCCAAAGCCCAGCUCGAGACAUUUGCCUGCAUGUCGCAUGAAAUCCGGACGCCUCUCAAUUGCAUUAUUGGCCUGGCAACGUUGCUUCAGGACACGGACCUUUCUCCCCAGCAAGAGGAAUCCAUGAGUAUGAUUGUGAGCAGUUCAGACUUAUUACUUGCUGUAGUGAACGAUAUUUUGACGUUUAGCAAGCUGGAAGCCGGCAAAAUGGAAGUCGAGACGAAGCGAUCUAGUUUGCAAGAGGUCUUGAACUCGGUUGUGUUUGCAAUGGAGACAAAAGCGGAAGAAAGAGAAAUCAAUCUUCACACAGAGUUUGGUGCCCACGUGUCACCCUCGCUGCGCACCGAUCCUCGACGUCUUCAGCAAGUUCUGUACAACUUGUUGGGAAACGCAAUCAAGUUUGCUGACACUGGCAGCCGAGUUGAUUUUAGAUUGGAAAUCGGGGAUCCUGUCCAGGGUUGCGAGGAUGGCACCACAGACUUUUAUUCACCAACCGACGACAAACCGUCCGAACUAGCCGCCAACCAGCUUGCAGAAGGAAGCAACGUGCUGCGUUUCAGUAUCAAAAAUAUCGGGGCUGGCAUCAGCAAGCCUGAUAUGAAGGCGAUCUUUGAGCCUUUCAGGCAAUCACCUGUAGGUCUCAAACACGGUGGGGGGACUGGAUUAGGUCUUGCCAUCACGUCUAAGUUGGUGCACGCACUCGGAGGGAGAAUUUCGGUGGAGAGCAAGGCGGGAAGCUGGGCCAAGUUCUCGGUGGAGUUCCCAAACAGAAUGAUGGCACCUCUCAAGGCUCGUCGAUUGUCUCAAAAGCUCAAAUCGUCUACCGUAGGAUUGGUAUGCAAUCAAGCAGAAACUGUUGACCGCAUGAAAGACUUAAUGAAAGCUUAUGGCGUCAAGUGUGUUUCGUUCGCCAGCCUAGAUGAGUUGCAACACUAUGUUCAAGAAGCUGGAGACGAAGUCACCAAACAACACCUGCUCUGUUUGCUUGAUGAAGAGUUCUACGAUGAAAUCCAAUGCCGAAGAAUACUGCUGCAAAAGAAGUUGUGGUUUGAGAUAUCCUUUACCGUCGUCGGAGCCAAGCACAACCUUUCGGAUGAAUUUGCCCACAUACGAUCAUUGGAUCGAACUUUACCUGCCGUCCUCGUGGAGCAUUUGGCUGCUCAAUUUCUGCCGUUUGGUGUUGGUUUAAAAAGAAAUUCGACCUGCGAUUCUUGCGGCGGAAGCAGCCGACGUGUCGCGGAAGAGUCUGCAAGGAUGACACCAACUUACGAGGACUAUCGCGUAUUGAUCGCAGAAGACAAUUUGAUAAAUCAAAAGGUCAUGGUAAGGAUGCUGAACCGUAUCGGAAUUCACAACAUAGAAAUUGCCGACAACGGUCAAAAGGCUGUCGAGAUGGAGGCAUCCAAGAAAUUUGAUGUGGUGUUGCUCGACAUGCAGAUGCCUGUCAUGGAUGGGAUCGAGGCUUGCCAUCUAAUCCGAGACAGUCACUCUGAAAACUACCGUGGGGGUGCACCCAAGAUAUACUUCGUGACGGCCCAUAUCGCCGACGACUUUCCAGGUCUUUGCCGGAACGCUGGAGCUGCCGGAAUGUUGUCGAAGCCGUUCAAACUGAAGGACGUUGAAAGUUGUUUUACUGCGAUCUAUGAGUCCAUCCAGGCAGAAGUGCUUGGUCACGAGGAGCACCAUGACGGCUGCCUUUCUCUGUUUCGAUCCAACAGAGCUCUUACAACCUAAGAGAGUAGACUAAAACGAGUUGAGACGACGCCACUUGAUCCAUGUC